GUGUAAGAUCGAAAAGGUAAACCAAAGCAGCAAUUGGAAGCAUUGCAGCUCCAAUGACGGGGUGGAAAUAGCUUCACAUUUAGACACUUUUGGUCACCUCUACAUUCCUUGGCCUCUUGCCAUUAUCUUCAGACCAGAAAGAACCUGCGACACUUCGACAAUGAACCAGAUUGUGCCAUCCCUUUUCACAAUCCUUUCUGUGGAGUUAUCAUGCUGUCCUAGAAAUGUAUUUUCAGGUGAGCUGAAAUUGGUCUUUCCCAUAACUCGGCAGCAGAACCCACUUAGGUCCUCUGAGCCAAAAGGAGUGGGGCCAAGCCACUGUCCCCAUGCAGGGCUAUUCAAGGCAACCUGCUUAUUAAGCAUUCAUCCUGAUUUGCUUGAGCAAAGGUCAGAAGGCAUUGCUUCAAAGCAAGUGUUUUCCCACUCUCCCCAGUAUGGUUUCCCAUUACUUUCCUUAAGCAAAACAUCUGAUCUUUGGGGGAAGUGGGUUUGUUGCUCAACACCUCCAAGUCAACUAUAAUUGUGUGAUCUGAACUUACCAGUAUGUGAAAGAACCCAUCCAAAAAUAAUAAGAGUCUGGAAGUGCCUUCAUCAUCUUUCUUUCUUUCUUUCUUUCUUUCUUUCUUUCUUUCUUUCUUUCUUUCUUUCCCGCACACACACACAGCCUUCUCCACCCACCCAUCAGAGUAUGCUGGGAUGGGAAAGUUUAAAUUAUUCUUCCACAAACAAUAAGAUCCCACCAUGUGUCCUCACACCCACUGCCCAACUGCACUGGGAACAACUGGGGAGUAGACAGAUAUUAGCCCUAUUUGCACUGUGCAUUUAAAGCAGUAUCAUGCCAACAACUUUAAACAGUUGUGGCUUCCAGCAGUUUGUAAAGGAAAACUUUCCCCAGCUAAUCUCCCUUAGGCAGGGUUAAUGAUGUUCUGUCCAUCUGUGUAACGUGGAAUCUAGUACUCUGUGUGAUCUUCUGACAAUGAAAUAGCAUGCUUCUUUCCAUUUUGCAGAUUACAGCCACAUCUGAACUGUACAUUUAAAGCAGUAUCACAACACUUUAAACAGCCAUGGCUUCACCCAAAGUAUCCUGGGAACAGUAGUUUAAGGGUGCUGAGGUUGUUAGAGACCACUAUCCCCCUCACAGAGCUACAAUUCCCAGUGUUCGCUGGGAACAGGUAGUGACUGUUAAACCCCUCUGAAGAUUGUAGCUCUGCAGGGGUAGGGCUCUCCUGGCAACUCUCAGCAUCCUUAACAGCUUCCAGGAUUCUUUGGGGUAAAGCCAUGGGUAUUUGAAGUUGGAUGCUUUAAAAGUACAGUCAUACCUCUUGUUACGUUUGCUUCAGGUUGAGCGUUUUGAGGUUGCGUCCCGCGGCAACCCAGAAGUACCGAAAAGGGUUACUUCCGGGUUUCGCUGCUUGCGCAUGCGCAGACGCGCAAAAUGAUGCCACGCGCAUGCGCAGAAGCAACAAAUAACGACCUGUGCACGUGCAGACGUGGGUUGUGUUCUGCUCAUGUUACGAAUGGACUUCCGGAAUGGAUCCCGUUUGCAACCAGAGGUACCACUGUAUAUUGCAGAUGCAGCCUUGAUGUGUUCCUGUCUUCAUCAGCUGUUCCCAAUGCCUAUAAGCUGGGCAGCAAGGAGACAGCAGCGGGCACACAAAUCUAUCAUGUCUCUUCUCGGUCAUUUCUUUCCUCAGAAGGUUGAUAGCACCCUCCUGCCAAGAGAUUUUCCCUUGCAAGGGUUUCCCUCCUCACAUUGGCCUUAUAAGGUAAAUGCAGAGCUGGGAACUUGUUCUUCUGUCCUAGCUUGCUUCUAAAAAAUUAGAUUAUGCUCCACAUCCUAGACCAGAACCUCUAACCUUUGGCCAAAUGUGGCUCUCCAAGUCUCUCUUCCUGGCCUUCAGGACUCUUCCCUGCCAUGUCCCCUCUACUGAGGCUACGCCCCACACCAGCCCCGCUACACAUGCUCCUCAGUAAGAGCUGUUCAACAGUGGAACUGUCUCCCUUGAGAGCUGGUGGGCUCUCCUCCCUUGAAGGUUUUUAAGCAGAGGUUGGGGGGCCAUCUGUCCUGAAUGCUUGAGAUUCCUGCAUUGCAGGAGGUUCGCCUACAUGACCCUUGGGGUCCCUUCCAACUCUACCAUUCUAAGUAUUUUUGCCUGGCCAAAAAUUGAAUCAUAACUAUGCUUACCUGAGUGGAUGAUGGAGAGGGUGGUUUUUUAUGGGGGAGGGGGGAUGCCAUGUGGCCCCUUAAAGGUUACCAAAGAGCCAUUGUGGCCACCAUGCAGGAAAAGGUUCCUGACCCCUGUUCUACAGCUUGCUUUCCAGUGAAGUCAUCCACUCCCCCUCUAAAUGUUUUAGCACCUUUCAAGGCAUACGAAGAGCUCGGGAAGAGUCCUCCAGCUCCAGAGGCCAAUGCUGGGACAGCUCAGCCAACUUCGGAAUCACUUCUGGAGUUUAUGGGUGAGAUGAUUUUUGUGUGUGUGUGUGUGUCCACAAUAGACUGGCUAAAUAAACUUCCAUGUACUACUAUGCAUUCCAAAAAUGUUUAAAACUUCCGGGGGGUGGGGUUAAGACCAAUAUGUGGUUAAUGGCUUUGAUUAGGAGUAGCAGAGGAGAAGGGGACGACAGAGGACGAGAUGGUUGGACAGUGUUCUCGAAGCUACAAACAUGAGUCUGACCAAACUGCGGGAGGCAGUGGAAGACAGGAGUACCUGGCAUGCUCUGGUCCAUGGGGUCACGAAGAGUCGGACACGACUAAACAACAACAAAGGAGUAGCAAAACUCUCUGUCACUAAUCAUACAUUCCUUGGGGCAGGGGCAGUCACUGGGAUAGCACAUGGGUAGGACCACUAGAGGGCAGCAUCUGUACUGGUUGCCAAUCUGCUACCUGGCCACGUUCAAGGUGUUGCUAUAGGUAUAUAAAGCCCUUAACUGCUUGGGACCAGUUUACUUGCAGGAUCUCCUUACUCCCACUAGGCGCCUUCCUUGUAUAUCUUUAGGUGCCAGGCCAAAACAUUCCUCUUCAACCAGGCCUUUGGCUGAUUAUUAUUCUACAGCCUUUUAAAUGUGUUUGUGAGAGAGGGGUUCUUGUUUCGUUGUUUCUGUUUUAACUAUUUAUCUGUUCUUUUAUCUCGUAUUUUAACCUUGUGAACUGUCCCGAGAUCUUCUGAUGAAGGGCGGCAUAUAAAUCUAAUAAACAAAUAAAUAAAAUCUACUUCUCAUUGUGUACCACUUGGAUUUUUAAAAAUGAAACCGAGAUACAGAGUUUUAUAAAAUGAAUGCUUAGGGCUCACCUGAUAAUGUCUUGUCAAAUGAUCAGUAAUGCCCUAUGCCUUUCUACUGCCCACAAUAUCAUGCGAAAUGCACACUGAAAAGUCUUCUGGCAUGAAAGGAUUGUAAAAAUAUUAGCCAUACCUUAGCAACUGGCCACUUUUAACUGUUGUUGAACUAAUAACUUCUCAAAAUGCAUGUUAAUGCACUUUGAUGUUGCUCAAUUAAUAUUAACGCACUUCUUAGAUUUGGAUCUUCCUGUGUCCAAUAGUUUUCUUGUCUUCUUGAUCAUGUCUUGCACUGUUUCAACCUGUUCUUUUUGUGGAAGUCAGAAGCAUCCCACACAAGACUGGACUCUCUCGACCGCAUGUUCUCUUGAAAAGAUCCAUCAACUGGAACAAUGGUAAAUGUGUUUAUUUAACUACCGCUUUAAGAAUGAUUUGCUACUGUAUGUCUCCUGGAACAUUGCAAGGUGUGGGAAGGGUUUGAUGGGAGACCCUGUAUUGGGAAAUUUUCAAUGUCUAAUGUUUUACAAUUUUUUAUGUGUUGUAAGCCACCCAGAGUGGCUGGGGAAACCCAGACAGAUGGGUGGGGUAUAAAUAAAAUUAUUAUUAUUAUUAUUAUUAUUAUUAUUAUUAGGAGAUAAUGUUUUAAGGGCAUGCAAUUUCCCAAUGCAUAUAUGUCUAUGCUGAGAUCUAACUGUCAUGCAACAUUAUUGGAAGUUGCAUUUGUUGUACUCCUAAGAACAAUUGGAUAGCAAGAACGGGGAGUGAUUCAAAGGUUGAGAGAAGGUGUGUGGUACAGCCCUCCCAGGUGUGAAAAUUUCAUGUUUGAAUGUUUCACACACUCACACCCCCACUACCAUCUUGCUAGGGUUUGGUAAAUAUAUUACAGAAAGAAAUAGCCUGGCAAGACAAAGAAAACAUCAGUUUAUUGCUCAUGGCAAGCAAAGCUUUACAUCUGGCCAAGAUGGAGCGCAGAAAUUACACUGGCGCAUGGCAACUUAUACGGGGACUAACUAAAUUGGAGAAGCAAGAAGGAAGGACACAGUGAGAAGAUGUGAUCUGCUUUGCCAACAAUUAGUUACUUAAAGAGAAGGAAUCAGUGAGGGAAGUAUAGGUUGCCUUUCAGUCUUCCGCCACCAGCUGGUUCAGGUAGCUCAUUGCAAGAACUGCUACUUCACUCACUAACACAUCUAAACUCUGUAAACCAGCGUUUUCCAAAGUGUGCAGUACCGCCACUGGGGGGCCCUGGAAUGACCCAGGGGGCAGUUGUAGCCUUGUAGGGGUGUUGAAUAAAAAUAAGAGGGUAGUGGAAGCAUAAAGAAGAGAAGAAAUUUUUGAAAAACCGUUUGUACAAGUUUUAUCUGUUGUGUAAUGAUUCUGACUGCUAAGUCAGGCGCCGUUGCAGGGACGGCAGCAAUUCCUCCCCUGGAAAUUGCAGUUGUACUGGAGGUAGAGGAUUUUCGCGGGCUUGGGUGAACCCUAUUUGGCUUCAGCCAGGGCCAGCAAGUGGAUCACAGCUUCCCUCCCUAUUUGGCCAAUGACAGGCAGAUUGUAGUGCUGGGGGCCCCCUGCAGUGGAUUGGACUGAGCUGGAAGGUUUCACCUUGGUCCACCCCAUGGGUUUUUAAUCCCGGAGCCUGGUCCACCUCCUUGCAAAAUUCGAAGAAGUGGGUGCCUGUGUUUUGGUUCCCGUUUGUUGCUUCAGACAGUGUGAAGUAAGUAGAAUCACCUUAAAAUGAGAAAUGAUAUUACUUUUUCCUCCAUACCAUGGUUCUGCUGGCUGAGGUUGAUGGAAAUUGUAGUCCCAAACAUCUAGAGGGCACCAAGUUGGAGAGAGCUGGUGUAAGAGAGGUCGUGGGUACCUGGCUCAUGGUGCUUUCUUUAAUUUACAGUGAUUCCAAACCGGCCCGCCUUCGCAAAGAUUGUUGUCGAAGGUUCUAUAGGCUUUGGUUUUGCCUUUGUGAUCGCAAUUGCUUUGUGGUGUCUCCUCUCGUAAGUAUGUCUAUUUUUUAAUAAUAAUUUUCAAUUAGUUUUUUUUACGUGAAAUUAUUCAAUUCACUUUUGAUAUAAUAAUUUCUUACAUUUUGACUUCCCAUUCUGAUGUCCGAGAUGCUCCUGUUGCAGUCAUUUAUCUGCUGCCAUAACUACCUUUUAUUUUCAUAAUAUUCAUUUAUUUAUUCUCCUCCCCUUGCCUAUAAUUCAAAUCCUGCUUGCAAUUUCAUUUGACUAUAAUUUUUCCUUAAAUAGUCCAAAAAAAAUACCCACGCUUUGACAAAAUUCUCAUCUUUUUGGUCUCUUAUUUUUGCUGUCAAUUUUGCCAUCUCUGCAUAGCCCAGUAACUUUAAAAUCUAUUCUUCCUUUGUUGGAAUUUCUCCUUCUUUCCACUUCUGCACAUACAGGAUUCUGGCUGUGGUAGCAGCAUACAUAAACAAUUUAACCUUUUCUUCUUCUUCUUCUUCUUCUUCUUCUUCUUCUUCUUCUUCUUCUUCAUUUUUGCUUGAUGUUUGAGCAUCACCCUUGCAUGUGGCAACUCAAAGGUUCAGUCCCAGAAUCUCUAGGUAGGCCUGGGAAUUAUCCCUGCCUGAAACCCUAGAGAGCUGCUGCCAAUCAGUGUAGACAGUACUGAGCUAGAUGGACCAGUCUGACUCGGUAUAAGGCAGAUCCCUAUAUUAUUGCUGGAUAAAUGUUCAUUAGCCAUAGUAGUAAAUGGGUGUUGGCCAACAGUGCUUUCACAUCUCUUUCUCUGAGGAGUGAUGACACACUUGCUGUUGGGAGGCGGGGUUUCAGAUGCCUUCUUCCUUUGACAAACUUGCUUCCUCUUCCAGUGAACUGGUAGGUCGACUGAAGGGGGUUAACGCUCGUGGCAAGCGCCUUUUGGCGCAAAAUUUCUUUUUGAGGCAAGUCCAGGAGGAAAAAGAGGCAGGCAGGAAAAAACUAAUGGAAGAAAAGGAAUAUGAAGGCUCAGCUAAGACAGGUAAAACUGUUGUCAAUGAUGCACCUGUAGACCUGAGGUGGAAAGACUUCAGUAUUGUCAGAUCUGCUUUGAUUUUUACUAGAAACCUACCAACCGGUGCCAGAUGCAAAAGAGAUAAGGGACUCUCCAGAGAGGAAUUUUAUUGUGGUUAUAUUGUGCAACAAUAAUAGUGCAUUGGGGUUCCUUUGAACACCUUUCUGUUCAUGAUGCUAUCAGGGUGGUCCUAUGCAAUUCCACAUUCAAUACUGUUAGUGCCUUAAAACAUGCACACAAAAAGCAUUUCCACCUACAGAAGUUUUGGGGUGAUCACACCGCUUCAUUUCCAGUCAGUGUGUAUCCCAUAAUUUCCUGCUGAAAUCCUAAUCUACCUCUUGAACUAAUUUACAAAACUAUUAACACAUUUUUACAAGCAUUGAAUGCCACAACAUAGCAAGAUGAUACAGAGAAUGAGAGGGAAACUAAUAACCCCCCUUUCAAGGCUUCCUUGAUCCAACUAAUCUGAGGAGACCAACGUCCAAUAUGAGAUUACUUUUAAUCAUUUAUGGACAUUUAAGAACUUUGGGAGAAGUCUUCUCCCUUAGUUUAAACAUGAUUGUUUAUGCUUUACACUCAGCAGGAAGGUCUAUUCAUAAAGAAACAUGAAGUUUUCUUGUUUCAGCUUUCUUUUGUGCCCGGUGUCAAAUUAGUCUUCUGGACCCCAUCUCUUUGUUAUUCCACAACAAUUCCCCUUUAAUGAAUCCCUGUGAAUGGCUUUCAUUGAUUAUCAGCAAUCCUCUAACUAGCACAGAUGUUGACACGUCCUGAGAGAAAUGUCUUCAACCCCUUGCCAUCCUCUGUGUGAGUUUUAUCUUGCCUUGAUCUGCACCCAUGGGCGAAUCGCUUUCUCGCCUUCCAAAGGGGCCAAAAAAGGUUAAUUGGGCACACUUUGGGUAAAGGUAAAGAUAAAGGGACCCCUGACCAUUAGGUCCAGUCGUGGCCGACUCUGGGGUUGUGGCGCUCAUCUAGCUUUAUUGGCCGAGAGAGCCGGCGUACAGCUUCAGGGUCAUGUGGCCAGCAUGACUAAGCCACUUCCGGCAAACCAGAGCAGCACACGGAAACGCCGUUUACCUUCCAGCUGGAGUUGUUCCUAUUUAUCUACUUGCACUUUGACGUGCUAUCGAACUGCUAGGUUUGCAGGAGCAGGGACCGAGAAACGGGAGCUCACCCCGUCACGGGGAUUCAAACCGCCGACCUUCUGAUCGGCAAGUCCUAAGCUCUGUGGUUUAACCCACAGUCCCUACACUUUGGGUACACUUGUCUAAUCAAAAGGCUAAGCCCAAAUUAGAAUUUCCCAUAGCCCCCAAGUUUCAGGUCCAGGAACUAAUCUAUUGAACAGUUCUAGUAGGGGCAUUAGGCCAAAUGAACUAUUUUGAUUCUAUAAAGCAGUGAUUCCUGCUUAAUCGAAGCAUGUAUGUUUCUGUGUUACUGUUAACUUGUUUCACAUGAUGCUUCUCCUGAAACCAUUGGAUCAAUAGGGAAGAUUGGCACAUGUGCCAACAUUAACCACUACCCCUCACUCCACACAUGCAAACUUUAAAACAAAAACACAACAGUCCAUUCUUAAAAAUCAUUGUUGAAUGCUCCGUUUAUUUCACACUUCCAGCUUUCUUUGACACUAACAUUCACUUGCUUAUACUUCCCUUUCAUUUCAGCAAAAGUCAACAGAAACCUAGGCACACACUACUGUACCCAAUAUACAAACAAACACUCCUGUACCCAAUAUUCAGGCAUGCACACACACACAAAAAAUAACUAAGUUAAACCUUGCAAAAGAGCAAAUUGUCCUCUCAUAUGGACCCUGAAAUGACUAGAACCACACAUACUGAAAUAAUCAAACAAAUGAAGAAAGAGAGUGCCUUUGAAGAAAGCUUACUCGGGAGUAAAAAUUACCCAUUGAAGGUUUUGCACAAAAACAGUAAAGGAUGCCACAAAGGCUUAAUACAACUUAGAGGACAACAAAGCUUCAGAAUUGACACAUGUGGCUCAGACACUGAUGGGCUAGCCUAGACUUUUUUGUAAACAAUAAAGCUACCAAAUACAUUUAAACCUUGCCCCCCUCUUCUCCAAAGCAGGUCACAAAAUCAGUGUCACCUUUUAAUAAUCAUCUUAGCCAAAUAAAUCCAAGUCAGAACUCAACCUCAGAUAGACAAUCCUUGCACAUGAAAGUUCUAUAUUCUAACCAAAAAAAUUACUCAUUUCCUCCUGUAUUUCCCAAAUAAUUUUUAUACGCUUUUAAGGAAAUAAACUCAAAUGAAAAUCAACUACUUUACACUCAAUUUUAACUCUCAAUAUGAAAAUCACAGUGGAGCAAUCUUCUACUGUCUCCUGAGACAGAUGGAUGUCAACAACAACAUUGAACUCUGCAGGUUACUGCUGCAACUUGGAAUAUGAGUGCAUGUUUGCCCAGCUGACCUACUGUAGCAAGAAAAUUAUUAUUAUUAUUAUUAUUUCACCAAAACUACAGCAAUGGAAAUCAUGGAAAUAUAGUGUUAUGAGUUUGUGGGUGCUGGACCACUAUGGUCUCCGAAUCAAGCAUCAGAAUUUAAUCUGUUGUUGUUGUGUGUAAAACAAAUAAAAAUAAACAAAACAAAUAAAAAUAUAAAAGAAGAAGAACUAGGAAAUAGCCAGGUAGACUAAGAGGGGAGCAAAGGAUUGAUUACCUAGUCCCUUCCAAGGUAAGUUAAGCCUGGCAGGACAGCUUCUUUAUGGUCUUACAUAACUUCAUGCAUUAAUUAGAUUUAAGCAUGUUGGUUAUAUGAGGCUGAUUGUCUCACAAAACCACUCAGGAAAGUGUAGCUCUGUACAGGGAGUAAGAUUCUCUUAACAACUCUCAGUGCCCUUAACAAAUUACAAUCCCCAGCAUUCUUUGGGGGGAAGUUUGGAUGUUGAAACUAGAAUUACACUGCUUUGUAUGUACCGUAUUUUUCGCCCUAUAGGGCGCACAGGCCCAUAGGGCACACCUAGGGGGUUUUUUUGAGGGGGGAUAAAGGAAAAAAAAUUAUUUCCCCCCCAGGCACAGGGCUGGGGCGGGGGAAGCCCGAGCUUCCCCGACCCCGGCCCCCAGAACAGGCUGCUAUCCGCAAGCCUUGGGAGCCUGGCGGGAACUCCCGCCGGUCUCCCCAGGCUUGCAGAUAUCUGCCCAAAGCCCGGGGCGCGCUCUGCUGCGCUCCCCAGGUUUUGGGCUGCAGGCUGCUGUCCGCAAGCCUUGGGAGCCUGGCGGGAAGUCGCGCCGGGCUUCCAAGGCUUGCGGACAGCUCCUGAAGCCUGGAGAGCGAGCCGGGUCGGUGCGCACCGACCCCUCUCGCUCUCCAGGCUUCAGCGAAUGCCUGCAUUCGCCCCAUAGGACGCACACACAUUUCUCCUUCAUUUUUGGAGGGAGAAAAGUGCAUCCUAUAGGGUGAAAAAUACGGUAUAUUGCAGACGGGGCAUAUGUCAGACAUCCUGCUGAGUGCUGGAGUUGGCACAAUCAAAUAGUUGAUGAAGCCCAAGAAGCCUGCCCCCUCCUCACGAAAAAUCCCCCAACUUAUUCUUGGAAUUAAGUGAAAAUAACACAAUUUGGUCAAAGCUAUCAUAACUAGGCUUAGAUGUGAAACUGGCAGCUAGUCUGGUUUUAUCUUUCUAAGAUAGUUCUAUUAUAUUGUAGCUGAGGAGUAUGAAUUGACUAUACAGUGGUACCUCGGGUUAAGAACUUAAUUCGUUCUGGAGGUCCGUUCUUAACCUGAAGCACCACUUUAGCUAAUGGGGCUUCCCGCUGCCGCCGCGCCGCUGGAGCACAAUUUCUGUUCUCAUCCUGAAGCACAGUUCUUAACCCGAGGUACUAUUUCUGGGUUAGCAGAGCCUGUAACCUGAAGUGUCUGUGACCUGAGGUACCACUGUACAAGCUAAGAAGUAUGAAUUGUUGGGAAAGGAUCUAGAGUACAAUUGUGUAUUGGGGAGCCUCUAAUGUUUUGCUAUGUUUUGCUGUGUUCUGUUAUGUUUUGCUGGAAGCCACACAGAUGCCUGGGGCAACCCAGUCAGAUGGGUAGGGUACAAGUUAUGGGGGGGGGGUUGUGUGUGUGUGUCUUCUUCUUCUUCUUCUUAUUAUUAUUAUUAUUAUUAUUAUUAUAGAAACAAGGAAAAAGAAAAUAAUGGAAGAGGAGGAGGAGGAGGAGGAGGAGGAGGAGGAAGGAGGAUAUUCUGUCCCAGAAGGAAAAGCAAAGAAAAAGAAGAAAGGGAAAAGGCAUGCAAUAAAGAAGAAACUAGGUAAAAUUAAGAAGGUUGCAAAAUCCGAAGCUGUGCAAAAGCACAUUGGUAAAAUUAAGAAGGUUGCAAAAUCGAAAGCUGUUCAGAAGCAUAUUGGUAAGAUCAAGAAGGCCGCAAAAUCGAAGGCUGUUCAGAAGCAUGUUAGUAAGAUUAAGAAGGCCGCAAACUCCAAGGCUGUUAAGAAGCACAUUGGUAAGAUUAAGAAGGCCGCAAAAUCAAAGGCUGUUCAGAAGCAUGUUCGUAAGAUUAAGAAGGCAGCAAACUCCAAGACUGUUCAGAAGCACAUUGGGAAGAUUAAGAAGGCCGCAAAGUCCAAGAAUGUUCAGAAACACAUUGGGAAGGUCAAGAAGGCAGUGGCAUCAAAGGUAAAGAAUAAGAAAGAGGAAAAAAGUAAGAAUGAGAAGAGCUCUAAAAAGAAGAAGGAAGGUGAGACGAAAAGUAAAAAAAGCUCACACAAAAAAGUGAAACAUAGGAAAAGUGAAGAGGAUUCUGAAGACUCUGACUAGCAAGCACAAAGACUGGAACCAGGUGGUCAAUGGGGAUGGGUCAAGAGCAGGCGGAGGACAGCAUCAUCCCAAAAGGAAAGUGAAGAGGGCAGGGGCACAGGUGGCCUCACAUCAGGGGUAGCCAAAGUAGUGCCCUUCAGAUGCUGCUGGACUACAGCUCCCAUUAUCCCUGGCACCAUUGGCCAAGACAGCUGGGGAUGAUGGGAGCUGGAGUUCAACAACAUCUGGAGGGACACCACAUUGGCUACCCCGCUUGUAUUAUUAGCCUGGUCUUGAUGACAAUGGAGGGACUUCCUCUCUGAACACUUCUUCUGCUCAUGGCAGAGAAUCUUGUACUGUCACCUACAGAUGAAAUAUAAAAGACUGAAAUUCACAUCUGAAAAAAA